UGAAACCCGGGAGCACUGCAGAGAUGGGGAAGCUGUUUGCAGUCGCUGCCCUUGGGCUUUUCGCUCUUUGCUGGCCGGCUGCCUGGCCCUUACCCACCGGGGCUCCGCUGGGUUCCUGUGAGAAUAUGGUUCCCCGCCACCAAGGGAUCACUUCUCAGACUGGACCAUCCCCGCACUCCAUCAUGACUCAAAACUCAGGCUCAAAUGUGAGAGUCUACAUAAAUGGCCCAAACUACAAAGGCAUCCUAUUGGAAGCACGAUACCCCAAUGCCAAUACUGCGGUUGGUACAUGGGCAACACCACCAGACAAUACGAAAACAAUACCGUGCUUCAGCAGGAUUGAUAGUGCAAUUACUCAUUCAAACAUUGCUGAUAAAACCAACACCACCAUUUACACCUGGAUUCCACCAUCUUUAGAGAAUUGCACUGAGAAAGCUGUUGUAUUUCUAGCGACUGUUGCCCAGAGAAAAGAAAUUUAUUGGCUAAAUUUGACUUCUGAAAAAAUCUAUGUUCGCUGUUCUGGAUCUAUGACCAGCCUGUCUGGAUUCGCUGUGCUUGCUACAUUGAUGGUUUCAGGGCUAGCUGCAUUCUGAGCAUUAAUGCAAUAUUCCGUAAAUUUUUGGGGGGGGUUUUAGAGGCUGUUUAAAAGCCAAAUUAUUAAACCAGUUCUAAGUCAUCACAUUUUUAACCCUUUUCUACUGAGAGUUGAUGAUGCAGAAACUAUCAGCUCAGUGAUUGAGUUGCAGUUAUUACGGGUAAGGGGCAGGACUUGAGGCCUCAGUUUGCAAACAGAUGGUUUCAGCUCCUUAUUACACAUGAAAAGAAGUUACUCUGGCGAACUUUUACUUGAUGUAAAUGGAAUGCACAGGAGAAUGUUGUGUCAAGAAUUUAACAAAAUUAAACUGUUUUCGAUGAAAUUGUUAUUUUUCACGUAUCCUAAUUGUUAAUUGUACUUUUAAAAAAAUGGAAACCUUUAUUGAAUGUGACUGUCUUUAUGGCAGGAAGAAAGAUUUGCUUAAAUCUUUUAAAAAUCUCGAAUUUUAGAAUUCCCAGUGACUGGUCUAAAUCAGCAAAGGCAGGCAACUGCAAUAUUAGCAAUCUUAUAUUCCCAUGACUCCCUUUUAUUGUUGAUAUCUAAUACUGGGUUUGUACACUUUUUGUAUACUGCUUUCUAUCCUAUCAGAUUUGCUGUGAUUUGAAACACCACUGAUCAGAAGGCCUGCAUUCCAGGACCAGUGCUUACUGAAGUCUUUUAAAUGAAGUUAAAUUAGUCUGUUCGCUGGGAGCUGAAAAUUGGCAGAGAAGAAUAGAAUAGAAGCGAGCAACUUCAUUCCUUUACAGCUUUCAAGGGAAUUAAAACAGAGUGGCUGGGAAGAGAGAGAGAAAAGACGGGGACAACCCAAAGUGAACAGACCAAUAAGAAGAAAAUGAUGAGUGGACGUAAACAUGUAAAUAUUAAUGAAGGAUACUGGAUUCUUUUACACUUAACUCUUGGAACAUCUGACCAUAUUUGAGCUUAUUUAAAAUUGGAAUGUGUUUUAUAAUGUAGUUAUUACCACUACUUUGGAAUAAAGAUUUUUUUUACUUGGAAUAAAGAUUUUUUUAAAGUA